UAUAUAAGAAGAUGGCUUCGAAAGAGCAAAUGCAGACACCACAGCAACAACUAAGUCCUAGGGUUACUUAGUCUGAGAGAGCAAAAAGAAUGGAGGGUAUAGUUGAAAAAACUGCUAGUUUUAGGUUAUCCAUGGAGGGUAUAGAAGAAAGAAUUGCUAGCUUUAGGUCGUCUAAUAAGGACGGGUUGGAGUCAAAAACUGCCAGUUUUAGAUCAAAUAAGGAAGGGUUUGAGGAGAAUAUUACACCAAAUGAUGAAGAUGCUCCUAAAUAUAGAGGAGUUGAAGCCAUGCCAUUCAUUAUUGGAAAUGAGACCUUCGAGAAGCUAGGGACUAUGGGGACUGUUUCAAACCUGAUAGUGUAUCUCACUACCAUGUUUAAUAUGACGAGCAUAAAAGCCACUACUGUUAUCAAUGUUUUCACUGGAACUGUAAAUGCUGUCCCAUUGAUAGGUGCUUUCAUCUCUGAUACCUACUUGGGACGUUAUGUCACUCUUGCCAUUGCUUCCAUCUGUUCCCUUUUGGGAAUGGUAGUAUUAACUCUCACAGCGGGAGUCCCUUCAUUGCACCCUCCAAAAUGUUCAGCAAGUCAGGCUGACUCAUGUGUUAGAGCCUCGGGUGGGCAGAUAGGAUUCUUAUCACUCGCUUUAGGAUUUCUAAUUCUUGGAGCUGGAGGUAUUCGUCCAUGCAACCUUGCCUUUGGAGCUGACCAGUUCAAUCCAAAUACUGAGUCCGGCAAGCGAGGCAUCAAUAGUUUCUUCAAUUGGUACUAUUGCACCUACACAUUUGGCAUGAUGAUUUCUACAACCUUUAUUGUCUACGUGCAAUCGAAUGUGAGCUGGACCAUCGGAUUGGCGAUUCCUGCAGGUUUAAUGUUCAUGUCUUGUGCACUUUUCUUCCUUGGUACAAAACUAUAUGUCAUAGUGAAACCUGAGGGGAGUGCUCUAGUUAGUGUGGUACAAGUACUAGUUGCUGCACUCAAGAAGCAAAAGUUAAAGAAUCCUGAAAAUCCCGCUCUUUCUCUCUACAAUUAUAUACCAAAGGACUCUAUCAACUCCAAGCUUCCCUACACAAAUCAAUUCAGGUGGGUCGAUAAGGCUGCAAUUAUAACUGAUGAAGAUGAAAUCAAUUCUGAUGGUUCUCCUGCCAACCCAUGGAAACUUUGCGGGAUCCAACAAGUGGAAGAAACAAAAUGCGUAAUGAGAGUGAUUCCGGUGUGGGCAUCAGGCAUCAUUUACUAUGUUCCAGUAGUUCAACAAAACACUUAUGCUGUUCUGCAAGCACUUCAAGCAGACAGAAAACUUGGCAGCGGUGGCUUUCAGAUUCCUGCAGCUUCAAUUAUAGUCUUUUCCAUGCUAACCCUUACCAUUUUCAUUCCUAUUUAUGAUCGAAUUAUUGUUCCAUUUCUUCGAAAGAUGACUGGUAAAGACGGUGGAAUUACAAUCCUCCAAAGAAUGGGAAUUGGAAUCAUUUUCUCAAUAAUUACCAUGAUUGUUUCUGGUUUAGUUGAAGAACGAAGAAGGCACUGGGCUCUUACAAGGGCAACCUUAGGACUUUCAGAAAAAGGAGGGGCUAUAUCAUCUAUGUCUGCUUUGUGGCUAAUCCCUCAGCUGGCACUUGCAGGACUAACUGAAGCUCUUAAUUCUGUUGGGCAGACUGAAUUCUACUACAAGCAAUUCCCUGAAAAUAUGAGAAGCAUAGCUGGUUCUUUCUUCUAUCUUGGCUUGGCAGGUUCAUUUUAUCUAAGUAGUUUGCUUGUUUCAAUAGUGCACAGUGUUACAAGAAAAUCUGAUGGCAAUAAUUGGCUGGCUGAGGACUUAAACAAAGGUAGAUUGGAUUUAUUUUAUUACAUGAUUGCUGUCUUGGGCGUUAUCAACUUUGGAUACUUCCUAGUGUUUGCCAAGUGGUAUAGGUAUAAAGGUAAAAAUACAAACACUAGUGAGGUUAUGGAUGGAUCUAUAGAAGCCUGAGAAGCAUAUGUAAUGCUUGAUCCAAGGGGCAAAAGGAACAGGUGUACAAUUUCUUUUUUUUCAAGUCCUGAUCAUGUUUUAUUUUAUUGUAGCAGAUCAGUAUACUACUGCAUAAUAAGUAAAAGCUUCUUUCUUUAUUGAAUUCGCAGAGUCUUGUAAAAUGUGUAUAAUCAAUGUAAUAAAUCAUCAGUCUAAUUAAUGGGAUUAAUUCUUCAUUGCAAGUCA